AUGCAUUUUACUUCUCUCUUCUCAGGCAUGGCGGCGAUUCGUAAGAAGCUGGUGAUCGUGGGAGAUGGUGCUUGUGGGAAGACCUGUCUGUUGAUAGUCUUCAGUAAAGACCAGUUCCCUGAGGUCUACGUUCCCACUGUCUUUGAGAACUAUGUGGCUGACAUUGAGGUGGACAGCAAACAGGUAAUGGAUACAGACUCAACCACACACUUUUAUUUCUCAGUUGAAGGUGUAAAUCAGGUUAGGUGAAAUAUGUAGCCCAAAUUGCUAGCUGGUUUUCAAGGUCGCGUCACUGUUGGUGUGUUCAAUAGUGCUGGUCUUGGCUAUCAUGGUAUCGGCUGGUUGGGAUUGGGCUAUGUUUAUCUGUACCUAUAGGGGCAGACGGGUAUAAUGGUAUGGCACAUGUUUGUUCAGUUAACCAAGUAUAUAAAUGUAUUAGGUGCAGCAUAUGCUUCUGAAUGAUGUAAGGAAUAUGUAAUCUAAAAUUGUAAUGUAAGACCCUAUGACACUUCAUUAGAUAGCGGCCUGUGUGAGUUAUAAACCCAGGUGUCCUGGCCUCAAUGUGGCUCGACUAGAAAUCUGGGACAUCUAGAUUUGAUUGGCUGAUGUAUUCUGCUUACCUUCAUGUGUCAUGCUUGUAGAAGUGUCUUGCUCUAAUUUGCUUUUCUCAUUUAAGCCACUUGCCCUUCUCGAAAAUGUCCAGUUAUCCAUUUUCAAAGAGUGACUCAUUUAUCAGAGAUGCAAUUUUUCCUGAUUUGUUGGGAGUUAGUGUUUUUCUGACAUUGUCCUCUAUCCAUUCCUCAUUGAAAUUGACCUACACCUAAAACUACUAUCCAAUUAUCCUGAUUUUCUAAACGAAGUCCUGUGUGCUCAUGAAAGUCUGCGGUAGGCAGACUUAAUUAUUGUACAAUGUAUAUUUUACUGAAUCAAUAUGUUUACAAGAUGGUCUAUGGUUUAUUUCUGUUGCCAGGGGUUUGCUGAUAAACCCAGUCACAGCUGACAUACACUUGCCACUUCAAGCAUAUCUGUAUGUGGGUUAACAGUGGUGGUUGUCUACUCUGUACUAGGUGGAGCUGGCUCUGUGGGAUACAGCUGGCCAAGAGGACUACGACAGGCUUCGCCCACUCUCCUACCCCGACACUGACGUAAUCCUCAUGUGUUUCUCCAUUGACAGCCCUGACAGCUUGGGUGAGCUUACACACUCACUCUCUUGCUAUUAUCCGCACAUGGUUUCCUUUUAUAGGUGGGUUGUUCAGCCCAUUCUGACUAGUGAAGUACUCACUCACACAUCCAAUACGCAUAGGACAGCAAUAGCUCUUCUCCACCUCCUCCCUCCGGUACACUACACACUACCCCAUAUCUUGCCAAAUGUACUGAGCGUUUGUGUGUGUGCUUGUCUGACCCUUGACCCUUUGGUUCUGUACAGAGAACAUUCCAGAGAAGUGGACUCCAGAGGUCAAACACUUCUGUCCCAACGUUCCCAUCAUCCUCGUAGGCAAUAAGAAGGACCUGCGCAACGAUGAACACACACGCCGGGAGCUGGCCAAGAUGAAACAGGUACGUAGAAAGGACAGGCAAAUAUUUUCCCACUCUCUACAAACUAAUGGGAUUAUAAACAAACUGGGAUGAGAGAAAAAUGGCCACGUUGGCUAAAAGCUUUCGGAAAACUCACCCUAAACCACACCAACUAUCUGUCACUCUUUCCGCAUGAUAUGGUCAGUGUUUUUUGGAUGUCCUGACAGUGCUUCUUAACUCUCUGUAGGAGCCAGUGAAGCCAGAGGAGGCCCGUGACAUGGCCAACAGGAUCGGAGCGUUCGGCUACAUGGAGUGCUCGGCGAAGACGAAGGAUGGCGUGCGGGAGGUGUUUGAGAUGGCCACCAGGGCGGCACUACAGGCCCGGAGGGGCAAGAAGAGCAAUAAAUGUCUCCUUCUGUAG